UAUCCAAUCAAAUAGUGUCUCGGUUGCCUGGCGGUGACGUCAGCGGAAGUAUGGCGGCGCCGGCGGAAGCGAUCUUCUCCGAUCCGCUGCUCCAAACCUCACAUUACGAAGGUCUGCGCAAUAAAACCCGUUCCUCCGUGAGAUUGAUUAGAUGAGCAUGUGUUUCCGUUGCAGACAGACAACAUGCUUCUAUCGUGUGUGCGGAAUGUCACGCUUGUAGCGCAGCGUGUGGAGAUCCGGACGAACUUGACGUCUGGCAUGUUUUUGUCAUAAUGUGCUGAAAUCUGCCGUUAUUACACCCACUACUGGAAGCUUUAAUCUUCGCGUUCUUCUGAGUUCACGCAGCAUUCUCUCCAGUUGAAGUGUGUCAUCAGUGUAGAUGUGUAGCUCCUCAGAGUUUGUCCUGUGCUCUUAUUAUUCAGGUCCAGGUUUGUUAAACCUUUCGAAUCAGGGUCUCCACAGACUGGAUCCGCAGUGGUUCAGUCCCGGCGAGCUACACACGCUGAUUCUGGACCAGAACCAGAUCAUCAAGCUGGAGCACCUGGAGCGCAACGAAGCUCUGCAGCAGCUGUCUGUGGCCUGUAAUCGUCUGGUGCGCAUGAUGGGCGUCUCAAAGCUGACUCACUUACGAACCUUGAACCUCCCCAACAACAGCAUCGGCUACAUCGAGGGCCUGAAGGACCUGCUUCGUCUGGAGAGCCUCAAUCUGGCUGGAAACAACAUCAAGGUCACCGAGCAGCUCAACAACUGCGUUUCCCUGCAGCAUCUUGAUCUGUCAGACAAUAAUAUUUCUCACAUAGGAGACCUCACCAAGCUCUCAGUGUUAAAGACUCUUCUUCUGCAUGGAAACAUCAUCACGACGCUGCGCAGCGCUCCUGCUCACCUGCCAGCGACCCUCACUGUGCUGUCGCUCGCAGAGAACGAGAUCAGAGACCUGAGCGAGGUGUCGUAUCUAGCACCGUUACACGGCCUGGAGCAGCUGUGCGUCAUGAGUAACCCGUGUGUCACGGCUCUGCCCCGCUGUGAUUAUCGCCCGUAUGUCGUCAGCUGGUGUCUCAGUCUCAAGGUGCUGGAUGGAUAUGUGGUUUCACAAAAAGAGGGACUGAAAGGAGAAUGGCUCUACAGUCAAGGUAAAGGACGAGCGUUUCGGCCAGGGCAGCACACACAGCUAGUCCAGUAUUUGGCAUCCACGUGUCCGCUGACCGCCACAACUGCCUUACAGUCAGCAGAGGAUGCUAAACUCGAGAGAAUCCUCAACAAACAGAGACAGCAUCAGAAACAGCUGCAGAAAACACGUCACUGCUGCUCGAGUCCGUCUCGCCCCACGCAUCUCAACGUUCACAAGAACACAGACGUGGAUGUCAUCGCUCAGGCAGAUGUGGAUCCAGGAGUUCAGGUAAACGCGUGGAUGAGCUCUGUGUCUUCAGCCGUGAUCGCUGCGGUUCGUCUGCCACCCGCCGCUAAAGACGGGAUGAUUCUGGAGGAUGUGCAGACCGAUGAGGAGAAGCUUCAUGGCAGUCUGCUGUCCUCCGAGUCUGCUUUCUUGCCCUUUAACCCUGCUGUUCAUCCAGCUUCAGCUCCUGACAGCGGGGAGGAGGAGUUUGAUGAUUCUCUGGCUCCUCCCACAUCAAUGCAGCUCCGCCCAUCGGAGGAGGAGUCCGUGGGCGGAGCCGUCCUCAGCUCUCUGACGCACGGAUCGGAUCAUGCGGAGCGGACUGACAGAAGCGGUGAUGCUGUGCUACAGAACAGUUCUGCGGAGGACUCAGACCGGACUGGGACGCAGAAAGCUCCUGCGCUGCAGUGUGAACCGAGCGAAGCAGCUGUCAGGAUCCAGUCGUGGUGGAGGGGUCACUGGACGCGGCUUUGCCACCCACAGGCCAAAGAAGUGCUUGCUGAGAUCCGCUUGCGAAGGAUGCAGGAUCACAUCGUCCACCUGACCGCGGAGCUGGAGAGGUUGCGCAAGCAGCAAGAAGAAGAGCGACUGCAGAGACGUGUUCAAGAAGAAGCUGUGAAGUUCCUGUGGAAGCAGGUCGGUGUGAAGAUGAGGAAUGAUGAAUACUGCUGUGUCCUGCUAUGAAUACACUG